GUGGUGACGCAGGAAGCGCCGCAGAAGGAGAGCGUCUUUUUUUGCGCCUGCGCAGAAGCGCCUCUUCCUUUUCUUCAUCCCGAUCGAGAGAGACGAAAUGGGCCAUCAGCAGCUCUACUGGAGUCACCCGAGAAAAUACGGACAGGGAUCCCGAUCCUGCCGGGUUUGCUCAAACAGACACGGUCUGAUCCGUAAGUACGGACUGAACAUGUGUCGCCAGUGCUUCAGACAGUACGCUAAAGAUAUCGGCUUCGUCAAGGCAAGUGUUCAUGCAUUUGAGUUCUGCAUUUCUGUUUGUAAACUUUAAGAUGCAUCAAAAAACUCAAACCUAACUCUUCUUCUCUGACUUUGUUUUCCAGCUGGACUAAACUUCGCUGGACUUCCAGGAUGUGGAGUCAUGCACCGACCUGACGUCAUGAAGUUCCUCUAGAACAAUCAAUAAACAUGUUUUGUUUCUGUUCAGAAGUUGCAUCGAGUCUUUCUUCCUCAUUAGGAGGGUUGAGAGACGUUUGAAGUCCAUAAACUGAUGCGUUAUAGAUUCUUCUGCUUUUUUGUUUUUAUCUCCCACAAAUUUCAUAAGCAUUUAAUGGAAAAUACUUAAACAUGGUUCUGGAAAGUAGUUGAAAUAAAGAGGAGUUAUGAUUUGGUCACAGA